AUGAAGGUUCACUAUGAUGAGGUGACGUGUCGAGCACAUAUCUCAGGUCUGUACUUCAAAUGUCAAGGUAUCGACUAUACGACGAGUAACGAGACCCAGGGUAAGAAUACAUUCGGUGGUAACAGUCUUCAUACGGUCAAGGAGAAGACAAUUAAUCCGUAUCAAGAGGUGAUCUGUGUUUUGGGUGAAACUCUGGAACCGCUAGACGAUGAUGGCAUCAUCCCAGCCUACGGCUUCGGGGACAAGGGCACAACUGACCGGAAGUUGUUCCCCCUUAAACCAGAGAACGACUGUGAUGGAUUUAUGGAGGUGAUGGACGUGUACAAUCACGUGACUCCGGGUCUGAAGCUGGGGGGACCUACAAACCUUGCGCCUCUCAUUGACGAGGCAGUACACAUCGUAAAGAACACCAAAAAGUACCACAUCCUUGUGAUAACAACGACAGGGCAGCUAGCAUGCCAAGCGGAAACAGUCGCCUCCAUCGUCACUGCAUCCAACUUCCCCCUUUCCAUCAUUGUCGUAGGAGUCGGGGACGGUCCAUGGGACGCCAUGAACGACUUUGAUGACCUACUUCCGGAGAGGAUAUUUGAUAACUUUCAGUUUGUGAACUUCCACAAAGUGAAGCAAGGCGCUCGGAACCCACAGGCGUCUGUGGCGCUCGCCGCCCUUAUGGAAAUUCCCGAUCAAUACAUGUAUAUAAAGGACUUGAAACUCGUGGAGAAACUCACUUGAAUUAUGCUUUAUUUUGGAAAAAAAGGAUUUGAGCUACGCAUCGAGCUAUGGAUUGUUAAAGAUGCACUCCUACUCCCAAAUCAGAUUUAGUACAAUUCAUACAAUGGUUUUAAUAUACCAAAAAGGGUGAAUAAAUGUCAAAAACAACGAUUCUUAUGAAGGAUAUCGAGUUUAAUUUGAAAGAAAGGUGCACAAAAGAAGGUAUUUCUACCUUAUGAGACGAUAGUAGAUCACAGUAAAUCUUUAAGCACUCACCAAUCAUUUAAUAUUAUUGCGUUUUCAGCUAUUAAAUACAUGGUCACAAUCUUGUUAUCAGUUAUUAAUAUGUUCAAUAAAAGUGUUAUUUAGUAA